AUUUUUGUAUUCUUAAAAAUCUGGGUUGUUCCACUUCCAGCAGCAGCAGCAUAUACGAAAUACGACAUUCUGUUAUGCACCUAAAAUGCAGUGUCUUGUAUUCAAUCCGUACAUACAUGCUUCUCUACUUUAUAGUUGACAACAAUAAUACUCUCCUCGAAACUCCCAAGGUUGGCGGCUGCUGUUGCAGUUUGCUGCUAUAUAUGUGACUGUUAGCACAACCUUGGUCUUCCCGCACGGGAUUCUUCCUUUUUUCUUUUUCCAAAUCAGCAAAAACCAUUCAUGCUCAUGUUCUAUGAAUGAAUUCGCCAUGCUUGUUUCUUCUUUGUCUUUCUAAACAGAACAAAAACCAAUUUUACCAUGGAGCCGAACAUUCCCAGAGGAGCUGAAGAACAGAGCACGGCAUAUCUCAUGGAAGAUAGUGAUUUUUCAGAAACUGCUAAGUUCAUAAGCCAGAUCCUCAUGGAAGAAAACAUUGACCAGAGGCCACUCUAUGACACACUUACCUUGCAAGUUACAGAGAAGUCCUUCUACGACGCUCUCACUGGCAACAUACCUCUUUCCCCCAACCCCAAUCAACACCCCCUUCUUCUCAGUCCCCAAGCUCAAACCACCAUCACCGAACAUGGACUCUCAGAUUUGGAUUCUUCCUUGCAACAGAACCUGUUCAAUGAUGCUGAUUCGGUUUCCCACUUUAAGAGAGGGUUAGAGGAAGCUACCAAGUUUCUUCCUCCGGUGUCUAACCUUGUAACUGGUCAAUAUCCAAACGGGGAACAACCAAUCAAUACGUUUGAAGGGAAUUCCUAUGGAUUUCAGAGUAGGAAGAAUCACGAGCGUGAAGAGAUAGACACCAGAGAAGAAGAGCAUGAAGGGAGAGGUCACAAGCAAUCAGCACUUAGUCUUGUUGAUGAGACUGACUUGUCAGAUGCUAUUGAUCGGGUGUUUCUAAGUGUGGAAAACGUGUGUAUUGAACACAGUUCUUUGCAGAAUGGAGCACUGAAACCUAAGGCACCAGAGGUAGGGAAGGGUCGUUCAAAGAAACAAGGAAGGAAGAAGGAAACAGUGGAUUUGAGAAAUCUUCUGUUGAUGUGUUCACAAUCUGUGUAUGCCAAUGACAUCAGGACUGCCAAUGAAUUGCUAAAGCAGAUUAGGCAACACUCUUCUCCCGUUGGGGAUGCAUCACAGAGGUUGGCUCAUUACUUCGCCAAUGGCCUCGAGGCACGCUUGAUUGGGGCUGGUUCAGGUGCAAUAGGAACAUUUUCUUUUGUGAGUUCUAAGAGGAUCACUGCUGCAGAGUUCCUGAAGGCAUACCAAGUUUUUCUAUCUGCCACCCCUUUCAAGAAGUUUACAUAUUUCUUUGCAAAUCAAAUGAUUGUGAAAGCAGCCGCAAAGGCAGAAAUCAUCCAUAUUAUUGAUUAUGGCAUCCUAUAUGGUUUCCAGUGGCCAAUUCUUAUCAAGUUUUUAUCAAAUAGAGAGGGGGGUCCUCCCAAGCUGAGGAUCACAGGAAUAGAGUUUCCCCAAUCUGGCUUCCGCCCCACAGAAAGAAUUGAGGAGACUGGUCACCGGCUGGCUAACUAUUGCAAGCGUUACAAUGUUCCCUUUGAAUAUCAUGCUAUAGCAUCACGGAACUGGGAAACCAUUAAGCUUGAAGCCCUUAAAAUUGAGAGAAAUGAGCUAGUUGCUGUAAACUGUCACAUGAGAUUUGAACAUCUACUGGAUGAGAGUACUAUUGAAGUGAACAGUCCCAGAAAUGCUUUCCUGCAUCUGAUCAGGAAGAUAAAUCCGGAUAUUUUUACUCAGAUCAUUAUUAAUGGAUCAUAUGAUGCCCCUUUCUUUGCCACACGGUUUAGGGAGGCACUCUUCCAUUAUUCUGCUAUUUAUGACAUGUUUGACACUGUCAUAACUAGUGAAAAUGAAUGGAGGAUGACGAUUGAGAGUGAGCUUUUGGGCCGGGAGGUUAUGAAUGUUAUAGCAUGUGAAGGUUCUGAGAGGGUUCAGAGACCUGAGACAUACAAACAAUGGCAGGUUAGGAAUACGAGGGCUGGUUUCAAGCAGCUCCCACUGAAUGAGGAAUUAAUGGCUAAAUUCAGGAGUAAGUUAAAGGAAUACCACAGAGAUUUUGUCUUAGAUGAAAAUAACAACUGGAUGCUUCAAGGUUGGAAGGGCCGCAUUUUUAAUGCUUCCACUUGUUGGUUUCCGGCAUAAUUAGAUGCUACUGGACUUUUGGACUUGGUUCAUAACUCAUACUAGACUAAAAGGUGCUCGUAUCCUUAACCUUUAGGUGCUGUGAUAAAGAUUGUACCAAGCUUUGCACCAAGUUACUUGUUUAGGAGAGGCUUGGAGGAAGCUACCAAGUUUCUUCCACCGGGGCUUAAGUUGUAACUGGUCUGCAUUCCAAUGGGUUGAAGGGUAGGAAGAAUCAUGAGCGUGAAGAUAUAGACACCAGAAAAGAAGAAGAAGAAGAAGAAAGGAGAAGUAACAAGCAAUCAGCACUUAACCUUGUUGAUGAGAGUGACUUGUCUGAUGCUUUUGAUCGUAUGGUUAUGCUAAGUGUGGAAAACGUGUGUAAUGAACACUGUAGUUUGCAGAGUGAAACAAUGAAAGCUGUAGAGGCAAGUGGAGGGAAGAGUCUUCCUAAGAAACAAGGGACAAAGGACGAAACAGUAGAUUUGAGGAAUCCUCUAAUGAUGUGUUAACAAUCUGUGUAUGCCAAUGAAUUGCUAAAGCAGAUUAGGCAGCACUCUUCUCCCUCUGGGGAUGCAUUACAGAGGUUGGCUCAUUACUUUGUCAAUGGCCUCGAGGCUCGCUUGGUUGGGGAAGGAAUGUUUUCUUUUUUGAGCUCUAAGAGGAGCCCUGCUGCAGAGUUUCUGAAGGCACACCAAGUUUUUCUAUCUGCCAGUCCUUUCAAGAAGUUAACAUAUUUCUUUGCAAAUAAAAUGAUUAUGAAAGCAGGUGCCAAGGCAGAAACCGUCCAUAUUAUUGAUUUGAGGCAUCCAAUAUGGUUUUCAAUGGCCAAUGCUUAUUAAGUUUUUAUCAAAUAGAGAGGGGGGUCCUCCCAAGCUGAGGAUCACAGGGAUAGAUUUUCCCCAACCUGGUUUUCACCCCACAGAAAAAAUUGAGACUGGUCGCCAUCUGGCUAACUAUUGUAAGCGUUACAGUGUUCCCUUUGAGUACAAUGCCAUAGCGUCAAGGAAAUGGUAAACCAUUCAGGUUGAACCCCUUAAUAUUGAGAGCAACGAGCUAGUUGCUGUGAACUCCUUGAUGAAGUUUGAGAAUUUAAUGGAUGAGACUAUUGAAGUGGACAGUCCUAUAAAUGAUCAGGAAGAUAAAUCCACAUAUUUUUACUGUGCAUUGUUAAUGGAACAUAUAAUGCCCCUUUGUUUACCACCCGGUUUAGGGAGGCACUCUUCCAUUUUUCUACUAUUUAUGCUGUGUGUGUGAAAACGAAUGGAAGAUGUUGAUUGAGAGAGAGAUUUUAGGCCGGGAGGCUAUGAAUGCUAUAGCAUGCGAAUGUUCUGAGAGGGUUGAGACAGGUUAGGAAUAUGAAGGCUGGAUUCAAGAAGCUACCACUGAAUGAGGAAUUAUUGGCCAAAUUUAGGAAUGAGUUAAGGAAAUGGUACCAGAGAGAUUUUGUCUUAGAUGAAGAUAAGAACUGGAUGCUUCAAUGUUGGAAGGGCCACAUUUUGUAUGCUUCCACUUGUUGGGUGCCAGCAUAAUCAGAUGCUACUGAACUCGGUUCAGAACUCAUAGUAGACUAAAGGUAUGAUUCUAACUUCUAAGAAUCAGUCAUUGGAUUUUUCUUAUCCACUUCUUAUUUUCCCUAUUAAUGCUUUGACCUUUUGGUUAUGGCCCUAACUAACACUUGCCGGUUACUUGCGUCUCAAGAUAUUUCAGCUUGUAUGUUUCAAUGGUGAAGCUUAUUUGCUCUUUAAAGGGUUUCAGGUUUUGAUAUCCUUGCUCUGGCAGUGGCUGCCGACUUUGCUUUACCUUCAGGUGCUAUGAUGAAGAUUGAACCAUGUUCUGCAAUAAGUUAGUUGGAAAACUUUCUAGCCCGACUUUUCUGGUAGAAAUUAGACUAGUGAGUGUCAUGCAAAGUCUGUAAUGAUAAGGAGGGCGUAUAAGAGUAGAGGGGCUCUUACAGCGAGAAUUAUUAGGUGGUUUUCAAUCAGUAUGGUCCCUCCUAAUUUUAUAUUAUAUGACACUUAAUUAAAUGUUAUAAAUUCUUUCUCAUAAAUUAUAUAAUUUGAAUACGUGUUGUAUAAAUAUUAGUUGGGAUGAUGGAUAGGUGUAGUUGAGAACCACCUAAUAAUUUCGCUCUUAUAGAUACCUGAGUACUAAUAAUGCAGUAAAAAAGUUUACUUUAUUUUCUCACUAACCAACAUGUAUUAGGCAUUCAAAAAUUAUUUGUGGACACCCAUGAACCUAUUUGACCCCUAGGUGUUAUAAAGUAGUAGGAAGAAAGAUAGAGAGAAAUAAUGUGUUAAUUAGGUGAUAUUCUUGCUUGCAAUUUUGUUUUAUUGCAGUAACUUAUGUGGCUCGUAA